UCACGUUUGUGGUUACCAUGGUAACUGAACGCCUCUGUGUUGACGGACCGCACGGACUGAUCGAUACUACUGAUCAUCUUCAUCAUCAUCAGACAGUUUAAAAUGCUGCAGGAUCAAAGAAGGACAAGAUGUCGGGAGUUCACCGGACCGACGCCUCAUUCAGCGGCCGUGAGAGCAAAGGUUCCGUCUUCGAGGCAGGUGGACCAUCUGAUCCUGGACAGACAGAAACGGGACGCAGCCCGAGACAAAGUUCUGGAGUUCAGCAGGAUCCAGCAGAACUGCGACAGGAAGACGACGUGGCUCAAGAGUUCAGACAGUCAUUUCCUGAGAGGAACCAUCAAGAGACAAGUCCAAAAUGUUCUGAAACAGCAGGAGGUCCAGGUCCAAAAGAGGAGAGACAGGCUGCGUGUGCUGCUGGAGGAGGAGGAGCAGAAGCUCCUGCAGGAGAUGGAGGAGAAGAUGGAGACAUCGGUGGAGAAACAAGCAAAGAUGAGAGAGCGAGCUAAGACCCUGAGAGAGAGGAGGGAGAGAGACAGACAGCAGCUGGUCUCAGACAAACUGGACCAGCUCUUCAGGGAGCGGUGUGAGGAGCUGCGCACCAUCCAGAGCCGACGUACAGAGCAGCAGGUGUGCUCGGAGCGAGCCGCUCAGGUGAGGAGCCGGCAGGAGCAGGAGGAGCAGAGGCAGCGCGAGGAGAAGGUGUUCGAUGAGCUGUGGGAGGCCGACCGACGAGCCAAAGAGGAGCGAGAGGAGCAGAGAGUGCAGAGACAGCAGCAGAGAGACAUGCAGCAGCUGGACGUCAUCAGGAGGCAGAUGGAGGAAGCAGAGCAGCAGAGACAGCAGCAGAGACAGCUGAGAGACGAGGAGGCGGAGCUCAUGCUGCAGCAGCAGGAGGUGCAGCGGCUGCAGAAGCAGCGCGAGCAGCAGCAGAAGCUGGAGGAUCAGCAGAGCAGGCGGCGGCUGCUGGAUCGAGGUUUACGGCUGAAGAUGAAGCGUCUGGCCAGAGAGCAGCAGGACGAGCUGCAGCUGGACAUGAACAUCCUGCAGCAGCUGCUGCGACAGGACACUGAUGAGAGACAGGAAGCUGCCCAGAGGAAGGCUGAGCUGCGUGACGAGCAGCAGAGGUACCGGCAGUAUCUGGCUGAUGAGCUGCAGAGGCAGAAGGAGGAGGAGAAGGAGACGGAGCAGUUGAUCGAGGAGAAACUGAAGGAGGUGUGGACUAAACGGGAGGAGCAGAGUCGACUGCAGCGCGAGGCCAGAAACCGACUGAUGAAGGAGGUGAUGGAGGCUCGAAGUCUGCAGAUCCAACACAAAUUGAACAUGAACCAGCAGAGACAAGCAGAGCUGUCCAAAGACAGAGACGAGCUGACCAGAGCGAUGGAGGAGAUGAAGCUGAUGGACGAGGAGGAGAAAAGACGUCAGCAGCAGACCCGUGAGGCUUAUGAAGCCGACCUGAAGGCUCAGAUGAAGCAGCAGCAGCAGCUCCGGUGCGAGCAGAGAGCUGAGGCUGACUGGGAGUAUCAGCAGGGUCUGAUCCAGCAGGAGCUGUACAACCAGAAGAAAGAUGAGAUCCUGUCCAGACCCACAUCUCAUACCACCGCCCCACAUCCAUUCAGACGAGCAGCGGGAUCCGGGUCCGCCUCCACAGUCUGCCGCACAUAGUCAGCCUGCACAUGAAGUCAAACACUUUAAUCGACACUUUACUGUGAUAUUCCUGUAAAAAAGGAAAUCUAAAUAAAGUCUGUUCAUGCUGUGAGAUUUUUCUUUAAUCCUCUGGAAUAAAAUAAAACUACCC